AUGCUGUUGGAGGAGGAAACACUACUACUGAUGAAACCAACAACAAUAUUACCUCUAACUCGAGUAACAUCAGCAGUGAAGAUUUUCACAAAACUCUCUCUUCUCAUUCUCCUUCACCACCCCCUUCAUGUCCGAUUUACCCUUCACUGCUACCAAACAUCACCAAUUUCCUCACACAAACCAUCACCGAACCAUCAACACCAUCACCAAACCGUGAUUCCCUCCGCCUCUGCUCAACCGUCAUUUCCAAUUUCCACUCUCUCUUUCUCUCCCUCAACAGAUAACGUUAACAACACACACACAAACUCAUCCCUCACUCCAAAAUAG